GUUUAGAUUUUACUCAUUUUAUUCAUCGUGUUUCUUCAGCCAUUGUGGAUAUCAGCAAUUUUUACAAUGUACAGUGUUAAUAGUUCUGCAUCGUUAAAUUUGUAAAAUCUUUGUUUAUUCACACCUGGCGAAAUCGUGCAUAAUAAUAACGGCCAAAAACAAAAUACUAGGCUGGAAUAAGGAUAUGCGCUAAAUUAGAAAUACAAUUGUAAAACUUGAAUUUCUUAGGUGACGCUCGGAUAUUACGAUAUCAAUGACUUUGUUUGUUUGAGAUGAGCUCAGGAGAUGACUAUGCACCGUCCGCGGCAAAAAGAAAGCGUGCGCGGCCUAAAGCAGAGUUCAGAUCCGGGAGCGAGAGGAUAAAAUCCGAGGAAGAAAUGGACGGCAUUCACUAUGCCUGCAAUGUUUGCGACCAGGUUUUCCUACACAAGUCAAAUUAUUUGCGCCACUCGCUGCGACAUAAUUAUCCAGGUGGAUUUAUCUGUUCAUUAUGUUAUCAGCCUUUUACAACCGAUUGGGACCGGAACAAACACAAACGAGAGGAGCACAGUGUUUUUCGGUGCCGACUUUGCAAGGAAGAAUUCCCUAUUGAGGAUGAUUACAACCAUCAUAUUCAGGUUAAACACGAAGGACGCGAUCGAGAGUACGAUGUAUGUCCAACCUGUGGGCAGCAGUUCCGGUCGACAUCGCAGCUGAAAGUUCAUAUCGAGUCCCGUUGCGGGAGGGACAAAAAGCACGAGUGUACGGUGUGCCACUCUCGCUACAUGACCCAAGCAUCGCUGAACGCUCAUAUGAUCAAACACCUGGGUGAAAAGAGUCAUUUAUGCAACUACUGUGGUGCUAGUUUCCUCAACAAAGGCCAACUGAAGGUUCACGAGCGAAUGCAUACCGGUGAGAAGCCUUAUAAGUGCAACCAAUGUGAUAAAGCCUUUGCUCACAGGGAAAGUUUGAUCACACACUCGACUACUCACACGGGAAUAAAGCCGUAUUAUUGCAGUUACUGUGAGAGUCGUUUUUCGUGCGUUGGAAACCUGUUGAAACAUCGGAGGGCUCGUGUUGACACCUGUGGACUCCCACAAUAUUGUCAGACGAACAAAAUUACUCCCCGACCCAAUAUCAAGACCAUGCCCAAUCUAACAGACCGUCAGGUAUACACGCAAAAGGUGGUACAAAGAUGUGUUCGCAAGGCGAAGGAAGUAUUCGUCGACUUUAAGCCCAGACCCAAAAAGCGCUUGGGAAGAAAGCCAACAACGGGUUCGUCGAUGGAAGAGUCAGAUGAGGAUGAUUAUUCCGAUGAGGAAGAACCCUUCGAGGAGAAACCAUCACAACAGGAGGAAAAAGCGCCACCUACAGAGAAGCAGCCAGAAGACACGAAGCCACUGUAUCAGAAAUUAGUCGAUCUGAAGGUUGAACCUGGAGAAUACUUUUUUGAUUACUCUGUUGGUUCGAAUAAUGUCUCGAGAAAGAAAAUGAGCUCAACCGUCAAUAUCGAAGUUGUCGAGAUCAAAGUUGAAGAUGAUAGCGACGCCUCGGAUGCAGACAACAAUGCGGAUGAAAAAGUAAACGGUGAAAGUGAACAAGAUACAGUUGAAUUCACAGUGGAAUAUGAUGAUAUGGAAGAUAUGAACGAUGAAACAAUAUAUUGUGAAAACGAUGGAUAUGAAGAAAAUCUGUCUGAUUCAAAUGACCCCUGCAACGACAAUAACGAGGACAGGAUGGAAACAGGGUCAGAGCGCAACAACCAGAGUGAUGGUGAUGUUUCUGAAGGCUAUAGUCCUGCUAAUGAUGGUACCGUUAAUGUAAGACGGAAAUUUGAAAAUAAACCUCCAGUAAUCACAGAGAGAAGACGUCGAGGCAGACCACGAAAAAUUGUCGUACCGAAACAGGACACCGAAGACAUGAUUAUAAUUGAUGUGGCACGGAAACAGCGGGAACUCAAAAAACAACGCGCUGUGUUCGAUGAACACGUCCAAUCGAUCUCAAUCGAUUGUUUUCGUUGUAAUAACUGUCCGUCACAGUUUACCAGUGAGUAUCUCAUCGGUCGCCAUCUGGAACGUGAGCAUGGCAUUUCGUUGAAAGAAUUACUGGAAACUCUUCAAUACGGUAGGAUUUCUACUAGGGAAAAACGCUUCCAGUGCAGGUACUGUCAUCGUCUGUAUGCCAAUGAAAAGGUACUCGAGAAGCACGUUCUUCUGCAUGGACCGAGUGGAACAUCCAUCCACAAAUGUCCGUGUUGUAGUAAAUAUUAUGAAACGGAGAACGAAGCGCACGCACACGCAAUGGAAGAACAUCGCGACCGUUUGGAGUGCUCUGUUUGCGAGAAGGUAUUCAAAGGGCCGGAAGGGCUCAUCGGACACGUGAAAUAUUUCCAUAAGGGAUACAAGGAAACCAAACAUUCCACUCAUGUUUGCCCCAAAUGUGGUAAACAGUUUUCCACCAGGACUGCAGUAACGGACCACGAGCGAGCGAAUUGCGGCAAAAAUCCAUUGUAUCAGUGUGAAAUGUGUCUGAAAAAUUUCCACAGCUCCUCUUCGCUGAAAAAUCAUUAUACCCUUCACACGGAUAAAUUUCUCUACUCCUGCCAGUUUUGCGGGAAAAGUUACAGAACAAACGGCCAGGUAAAGGUACACGAGCGUUCGCACACAGGUGAAAAACCAUUUGCUUGUGAGUUCUGUCCAAAGGCAUUUGCACACCGGGAGUCUCUGCAUACUCAUCGAUCACUGCACACGGGUGUUAAGCGUUUCAUGUGUUCCGGCUGUGGUUUGAGAUUUACUUGCAUCUCGAACUUGCAAGCACACCGCAGAUCGCACAAAACAACGUGCGGAUCGAUGCCCAACGUCACCCAAAUCAUGGGACCAGCUGGGUCCGGUUAUCACGAUAUACCCCCAGGUUACUCGCUUCCGUUUCCGAGAAUACAAAAGGUUGAAUAAUUUUGUACAGGUAACAAUAAACUGUAGAAUCUAGUCUAG